GCGUCAGUCGACAAAAUUUUUUAAUGCGCGCGGUUGUGCGUCGCUCCGUGGCUGAAAUUUACGAUUUACGAUUCGGGACAUGCGAUUGUGCUGACGAGUUGCCAGUUUUUGAUUCUCGAUUUGUGGUGAUUGUACCCGCCGGAAAAUUUGAUGACCGCGAAAAUGCAGGAGUUUUGAAACUAGUGGCUCGCCCCAGGGACAAAAGAGGAUAGAAGGAUAGAAGGUAGCAAGAGGAGGCACCGUUUUCACGUGCUUACUAUCGCUCUCUCUUUCGAGCGCGCGCGUGUGUUGGUGAAUGUUUAUAAUCAUUUUUUAUCUCAACGAUCGAUCGUUUGAUACGACAAGAAACCCAGAAGGGAAUAAUUUAAGUGCCGAUUUUUGUUGUAAUACCGAAAUCAUUACAUUUUUUUCGAGUGGAUGGAUGUGUGCUGUUUGAAUUUUGGAAAAUACAACAACUAGAGAAAGAGAGGAGAGGCGAAUAAGAAAGAAGAAAUAAUAAAUAGCAAGUUGAAAGAAAUUGAAAAAAAAAACCGGAUUCCCAGCAGAAACAACAACUAAAGAGCAGCAUCAAAAGAGAAGAAAAGGAAGAAGCAGCAGCAGCACAGGCUUCCAGUAUUCCAUCUCUUCUUGUUGUUGUAGUUGUUGCGCACACGCACCAGAAGAGAGGAGGAUCGACCGGGCAGCUGUUCUCUUGCUCUCUGGAAAAGUGGUCAAAGGAGAAGGAGGAGGUCGUAAGAGCGGUAGAAUCGACAAUAUAAUCGGAGUCAUAUCGGGCACAUCAACGUCGGCCACAUCAACAUCAACAACGGCAGCAGACGUCGCUAAUUGCAACCAACACGGGAGCUGCAUCCUGGACCCUACAUAUCCAAUGUUCAGAAUUUAAAUGCACCACAGCAGCAACAUCGAGGUCCUCAGCAGCAGCAUCAGACGGCCAGUUUUGCCCCAAAGUUCCUCAGCCUGCGUGGCACGUGGCAUCUAUCAGCGCCUCUGGCUGAAUAAAAAGAAAUCCCAGCCAUAAAAAGUAAAUCACUUCGGCGCAAACCAGUACCAGUCAUCAUGGCUCACUCUAAGGUGAUCCUAAAGAUCCUGUUUUCGCUGUGCGUCUGGUCCUUCGUCAUCAUAGGACUGUUCAAGAUGCACGGUACGAAUCUGGUGCCGCAGGAGUACCAGCAGGUGCCACUCAACGGACGCAUCCUGCUGCAGAAAGACAUUCGCUAUGCGGAGACCACCUCCACGACCACGGAUCACUUCGAUCCCAGCGAGAUACUGGUGGACAAUCGAACAGCCAUGGACGACGACCAGUUGGUCCGAGACGUGGAGUCCCGCAUCCCCUCUCUGCCGAUCGCCUAUUGGAGCAAGAAUAAGAACUUCCUGCAGCAGAAGUCGUCGACCUGCGCGAAGUACCCCUCCAUUUUCGAGCUGGAGUUCAACAACAUCUACUGGCAGACGCUGCGCACGUCGAAUGGAACGUUCCAGCUUUUUGGGGCUUAUUACGACAUCCGCCGCACCUCGUUGCUGGGGCCCACUGUGCGGAUCCUUGGAAUGAUCGAUAGGAUUGAGCCGAAGGUGAAGACCUACUGCCAGUUCUGGUUUGACGGCCAAAAGGAGCCGUUCAUCGUAAAAACGUUUGAGUACAAGUAUAUCUGGUACAACAAGUGGGGCAACUACAAGCAGGGCAUCUACCAGCCCUAUCUGAUCGCCUGCCAGAUUCCCAAGCCCUUCCACGGCGUGGUGCCCAGCUCCGUGUCGAUGGUGGAGAAGGAGUGCGAUACGGCCACAAACAAUCUGCGGGUCAUCUACAACCGACCGCCGGAUGACCAGAAGAAGGGAUUUGCUGUGUGCGUCAAGGGAUUGGACUUCCUCUACGACGACCUGAGUGUACGGCUGAUCGAGUGGAUCGAAAUGCUCAAUAUCCUUGGGGCAGACAAAAUCUACUUCUACAAUCUUCAGGUCCAUCCCAACAUCACCAAAGUGCUCAAUCACUACGAACAGGAGGGCAAGGUCCAAGUGAUCCCGCUGACACUGCCCGGUGGCCAGCCAAAUGUGCCCGGAUUCCAGCACCUUUACCUAACUAAAAAGACGAACCACAAGCGCCAAAACGAGGUUAUUCCGUACAACGACUGCCUGUACAAAAAUCUCUAUCUGUACGACUACAUCGCACUGCUGGACAUUGACGAGGUGAUCAUGCCCAAGGGCGGAGCGGUUUUAUGGUCCGAGUUGAUGGACAAAGUGCGUCCAGAGUCGCGCAAAAUCAAGCCGGACGGAUUCCACAGCUACAACUUCCGCAACGUGUACUUCUUGGACGACCAGCAGCACGAACACGGCUGGCACAAGGACAUACCCAAGUACAUGCACAUGCUGCAGCACGUCCAUCGAGCUAAGAACUACACCAAGCCGAAUCAGUAUGUGAAAUGCUUCCACGAUCCGGAGCGCGUGCUCACCCUCCACAAUCACUUUCCACUGAGCUGCCUGGGCGGCGUCUGCAAGUCGUAUCCUGUGGACACCAAGGACGCCCAGCUGCAGCACUAUCGGGCGGACUGCGUAAAGACGCUGAAGAAGAGCUGUGAGGAGUACCGGGAGCACUCAGUCGAGGACAAAACCAUUUGGAAAUACAAGGACGAGCUAAUCCGACGCACUAUUAAGGCACUGGACACCCUUGGCUUCUUCCGCCGCCAGGGUUUGAAUUCCGCUUCCGGUUCGGGGAGCAGCAGCAGCGGAUUGGGCGGUGGGACCACCACCCACUCCACGGAGCGGUGAUUUACACUUCUCGGGGGCGGAGGAGGCGGAUGGUCCUGGCCCUGGCAACUGGUUGAAGCAUCGGGCAGCAACAUUGGCAACGAGGAGUUCUUCGUGUGAGGAGGUCAGCGAAUGCCGUGCGUUUCACAAUCCGAAUCCGUACCGGACUCCGAUCCCGAAAUGGAGAACCCAGAACCCGUCCUCUAAUCCCUGAGUCUCUGUUGCGCAGAGGAUCACUCGUCUCUGAGUUUAGUUACUAUAUAUGUCCAGAGUUCCCAUCCAAACCCCAUACGUAGCGAGGCACUGUUUUUGAUUGCAAUUCGAUGGCAUUUGUAGUUUGAUUUUAGAGCGUUGUUAAAUACUACUCAUCUGAGUAAUACAUGUAAAGUUAAUAAUGCUUUUAUAAUGUUUGUAAUAUCCCAUUGAGUUUUGACCCUUGUAAAGAUCUUUCGUCAGACAGAAUGCAUCGAAAUCUAAGACAGAAGCAGAGCUUACUAGUGUAUGGCUAGUGUAUAGAAGAGGCGUUAGUUAGUCGCGGAGUGGGAGAGAAAUCUUUUGAAAUUGUGCCUUCGAACCUGGAUUGUAGUCAGUCCCGUCCCGACCCGACCCGAAUGACCCGUCCCGUCCUUCCCUACAAUCCCUUCCAUAUAUCCCAAUUUAACACUUCCAUUCGCAAAAAAAAGACACAAGGUCACAACUUUUCAAAAAAUGAGACCCAUCAUAACAUUUGCUUGAGUUAACAACAGAAAGAGAGUCGAGGAUGAGGGGCAAAAGUGAAGGAAACCUAAACUAAGUUCAAGACUGAUGAUGUUUAUUAAGAAUUAUAAAAACGAAAGAGAGGAAAUUUCAAGCGAAUUUUUGUUUUCACAUUUGGAUAGAAUCGAUAUUAUUGUUGUUGUAUAGGCAAGUAAAUGCCCCCCUAAAAAUCGCAAGCGAAAUAUAUCACUAAUGCUAAGCAAAAGACAAAGCAAAUUGAUCAAGUUUGAGUUGUAAACUGUAAAUAGGAAAAUUGUUAACGAAGAGGACAAGGACCUAAGGAUAAAACGAACUAUAUGCGGAUUAGACCGAUGUAAAUCGGACAAACUAGCAGGAUAUUGAAGAAGAGAGGACGAGGAUUAGAGAAGCUGCUCAACCCAAUCCUUAAAUGGUGUUUAUUACCGAUCGACCAUCAUACCCAAUAUUCAUAUGUUUUUGAACUUGUACAUACACAUACACUCGCAUACACACACCACACACACACACACAAAUGUCAAAUUAACGAAUUAAAAAACACACACACUCACUUACAUAACACAGCACAGCACACAAAUACACCACGCACUUUUCCUUAUGUAGUCUAUUUUAAUUUUUUAUAGCAGCUUAGUCAAAUUGUUGUUGGAGCUAGAAAGAGUCGUGUACAGUUGGGGCAAUUCGGUUUGCCUGCCAAAACUAUUCGAUAGUUUUACGACUACACAUAAACGAACACAAAUACAUAUACAUAUACAGAUACAGAUUUACAGAUAUAGACAUACUUCAGUGUAUUAAUGUUAGUUGCUAGCUGAUAAGGACAACCCGUGUGAAGGAAACCCAAUUUUCUUUCCUCAUUUUUUUUUGAGUAGCUAAUGAACUACAACUGAUAUGAGAACAAAGUGAUUGAAGAAUAAAUUUAAAAAAAAAA